AUGUCGUCCAUCAGAGGAGGAACAGGAAGUCUGGACCUCCUGCGCUUCCUCCUGGGUGGGUUAAACACACACCUGUCACUCUCUACAGGUGACCUGAGACUCACCUGUGUGUGUCUGUGUGUUACUAAGCUUCACUCACCUGUCUGUGUGCAGGUGUGUUCCUCGUCCUUCCUGAAGGGGGCAUCAGUCUGGAGCUCCAGCCAUCGUCCUCUGAAGUUCUGCUCAACGCCCACGCCAACUUCACCGUGGUCAGUACUCACCUGUCUGUCUCUGAACACCUGUCUGUCCCUGAACACCUGUCUGUCUCUGAACACCUGUCUGUCUGUCCCUGAACACCUGUCUGUCUCUGAACACCUGUCUGUCUCUGAACACCUGUCUGUCUUCGCAGGUAGACUUGUGUGGUCUUUAAGGUGGGGACAGGAUUUUAAGGGUUCUUGAAGGUCAGCUUAGGUAUCUGUGGGUUCUUGCAUGUAAGUUCAGGUCCUUGCGGGUCCUUCAGGGCUGGUUCAGGUACAUGUCAGUUCCAUGUAGGUCGGCUCAGGUGUCUGCAGGUUCUUGCACCUGUCUGGGUUCGGGUGGUUGUCCUUCACCUUCAGACUCACUCUAACGUCUAAUUUACCAGAAAAAGAAGGAACUGACUCGUCUUAACACUGACAGUCAGUGAACGAAACCAACGACUUUAUUCAGACGGAGGAGGGAGGGGUUUAUCGUGGUUCACUUCCUGCUGAGCAGCGGUUGGUUGACUAAGAUAAAUCAGGUCAUUAUGGCGCCUUUACAUUAAAACACGUGUUUAAACUUUCCUGUAUGAAGGAUUUAAAAGUCUCUGAAUCCUCGCUGCAGCUGACAUCUUUAUUUUUAAUCUCGCCACUUUUCCGCCGUAUAAAAGAACGAUGACUCGCGCUCGUUUAGCGGCGUGCUGCUCGCUGACAGAUGGCGACACACAGAGAGGUGAGUUUUUCAGGGCGGGGGAGAGAUUCUUCCUUCAGGACUUGGCGAAUGAACGACACAAGUCACCCAGAGAACGACGCUGUGACAUCAUCAGUGAGGAGGGGAGGGGCUAAUGAACGAAGUCGCCGCUGUGUCACUCACUGGUGUCUGUCUCUUUCCCAGGUGUGUUCCGGCUGGAGUCAGGUGAGCUGGCGGUUCCCCCAGGACACUCAGGUAGACGGCGUUUUUGUGGACAAUCAGGGCUCCAGCAGUAUUCUGCAGCUCUUUAACGCCACCUGGAGGAAUUCUGGGAGAUACACCUGCGAAGAGGUUUCGUCCUCUCAGAGCAGAGAGAUCGACAUCUUCAUACCUGGACAAGGUGAGCGUGACCUCCCACACAACCUGAAGGUCGUUCCUUUUGUAGAUUAGCAGAAACAGACGGACACCUGAGCGGUGUGGUUCUCACCUGUCCCCCUUCAGGUCCUGACGAAUGGUUCGUCCCGCUCGGUCCAGGUGUGGUUAUGAAGGAGGCGGAGGAAGACACCAUCCCGUGUGUGGUGUCGGACCCUCGCCUCAAUGUCUCCCUGUUCCAGCGCCCCAGCAGGACGCCCGUUAGCGGGAUGCUGUACGAGCCGGGCCGCGGCUUCACGGGUCGUCUAAACGACACGUCUUACAUGUGCUUGGCGAGCCGAGGUGGCGAGGAGAAGGAGUCCCAGGUUUACCACGUCUUCAGUAUUGUAGGUAAGGAGAGCAGACCGACCCGGAUCAGGGUCAGGGUCAGGGUCAGGGUCAGGUAAAGGUAAAGGUCAAACGUUCAGGUGAGAGCGAGUUCGAUCAGAUACACUCGCACCUUUGUCUCUGACCUCAUACCUGUUUGUCUGUCCCUCACCUGUCCGUGUCUCAGUGCCUCAGCAGAUGGAGGUGGAGCUGACAGCGUCAGGGGCGGUGCUUAAGAAGGGGGAGGUGCUUACAGUGAACUGCACAGUCAGAGACACCGAGCUGGUCUUCUUCUCCUGGGACUUUCCUCGCAGACAGGUACCUGUCUUCUUUACCUACCUGUCUGUCUGACCAAUCAGCUGUCUGACCUUUGAACUCUGGUUUUAAACAGGAAAUUGAUCCUCUGACGGAGUUCCUGCCCAAUCAGAUCCGCUCCGUCGUGAACAUCUCCUCUGUGACUGUGGAGGAUUCAGGUGAGACACGAGUUUACGGACCUCUUACAAAACAGGAAAAAGGUUUAAAUCAUGGCGACGUUUCCAUGGUUACAUCAGGUGUGAUUGAUGUUUUGAGUUUUGGUAACCAUGGUGAUGUGUGUGUGUGUUCUUCCACAGGUGUUUAUAUGUGCUCUGUCCAGGAGACGAUGCAGGAACGAACCGUGAGGAAGAACUUAACAGUGACUGUGUUGGGUGAGAAACUGAGAGGUAGAAGACAGGUGCUGCGUCCGAACUGCCCGCUCGGAUACUACAUGCUACUGCUACGUGCUACUGCUAGAUCCUACUCCUACAUACUAAAAACGUUGGCCCAAUUCGGACACACUAGACGAGCGGUGGGGAAAGACGACCCCCGCAGGCAGAGAGUAGGUACUGCGCCCGUGCAGACAGUGGUAACUGAAGCCCCUCAUCUGCGGGCCUGGCUGUAGUACUGCAGCUGUGCAGUUUAAUGAUGGAAUAAGUGAGCUUUACCUCCAUGAUGUCGCCACUUGCUCAUAAAAUGAUUACUUGGGCAAAUAUGACACCAUGACAUGACAAAGAGAUACAACCGCACAUUUUUUAGGACAGUGUGUGAAGUUACAUGAAACUUACAUCUGUACUGCUGCGGUCCCGCCUGCUGCUGCUGCUGCUCCGACAUGGUGCGCGCUGCUGUGGCCAGCCGGCGUUCGCGACACUUUUAAAUAGGCAGAGCAGCUGGUGGCGCUAGCAUCACAUGCGCUUCUACAACUUUUAAGAGGACGAAGAAGAAGCCCGCGGUGCAUUUUGGGUCAGUAGCAUGCCCGUAGGAUGCACCGAGACCAACCUACAAUGUGGGCGUGUCUAGUAUCUGAAGUAGCAUGCUACUCGCUCCGGUGGCCAAUUCGGACAUGAUAGAUACUACUUCGACUACUACUUGACAAUUCGGACGCAGCACAGGAGACAGGUGAAGGGACGAGUAGACAAUCAGGUAGAUAGUUAAGAUAACAUAAGAUAAGUACAGAUAAGAUCAGUUAAGAAAGGUUAAGUUAAUUUAAGAUAAAUUAAGUUAAGAUAAAAUUAGUCAAGAUAAGUUAAGUUAGGUUAAGAAAGGUUAUGUAGAUUUAAGAUUAGUUAACUUUAGAUAAGUUAAGACAGGAUAAGUUAGAACUUUAAAUAAAGAACUUUAUUGAUCCCCACAGGGAAAUUUAGACAGAUAAAGACAAGUGGACAAACAGGUGACCUCCCUCUCUCUCUCUCUCUCUCCCCCUCUCUCUCUCUGUCUCUCUCUCUCUCUCUCCUCUCUCUCUCUCUCCCUCUCUCUCCCUCUCUCUCUCUCUCUCUCUCUCUCUCUCUCUCUCUCUCUCUCUCUCUCUCUCUCUCUGUAGAGCGAGGUUACGUUUACCUGUGGCCCUCAGGUGACACUAACCUGUCGUCCCUCCUCCAUCACUCGGUCGAGUUCAGCUUGGAGGUCGACGCCCAUCCCAUCCCUUCUGUCCUCUGGACCAAUCAGAACCAGACCAUUCCCCCAGAAACCAGUACCACCGUCACCACACACCUGACAGGAAGCAGGUACACCACAUGAUCGAAUGAUGGAUUGACUGAUUGAUUGAUUGAUUGAUUGGUUGAUUGAUUGAUUGAUUGAUUGAUUGAUUGAUUGAUUGGUUGAUUAAAUGAUUGAUUGAUUGAUUGAUUGAUUGAUUGAUUGAUUGAUUGAUUGAUCGAUGGGUUUCAGGUAUCUGAGCACGCUGACGUUGGUUCGCGUGCGGAUGGAUCAGACAGGAAGUUACACGGUUACUGUUUCCAACGAUGACGACAUCCAGGAAGUUACGUUCAACCUGGAGGUCAAAGGUCAGAGGGGUGGACAGUAGUUGUGUGUGUGUGUGUGUGUGUGUGUGUGUGUGUGUGUGUAUUAAUGUUGGUUCUUGUGUGCACCUGUAGCGCCCCCUAGGAUCACGUCUCUGUCAGAGUCGGGCAGUAAAGCCGUGCUGUGCGUCAGUGAGGGAGCUCCGCCCCCGUCUGUCACCUGGUACACCUGUCCUAGCUCACACAGGUGAGUUCACUGACUGUCCACCUGUGGUUGUAGGCGUGUUCAGAGUCCGUCCAAUAGAAACAGAGUGUACCUGAAAACACCUGCAGCCCUGCUGUUGCCAUGGUAACCUAACAAAGCGGUUUCCUUCAGGUGCAGUAACUCAACAGGCGGCUGGAAGAGCCUAUCAGCGUCGUCGGAGGGCGGGACUCUGCAGGAGAACGCCACACAGGUGGAAGAGAGAGGCGUUACCCAGGUAACUGGUGAUGUCAUCUUCAGGGGACAAUGACGCUCAGACAAAAAUCACACCAACGCUCCGUCACUGAACGUGUGUCUCACCUGGACAGGUGCGCAGUGUGUUAACCUUGAAGAGUCUGGCGUCUGUGUCGGCCGUACGCUGUGAGGUCAGAAACUCAGCUGGACGGCGAGCGCGGGACCUCAGGAUACUCUCCAACUGUACGUAUCAAUACUGCAGUAGUACUACAGUAAUCCUGUGUACCCAACAGAGAGACAGUUCUGUUAGAGUCCGAAGGAUAGUAUUGAUUUUCCUGAGUUGAUCUACAUCUCUGUCAUCAUGACCCCCAACCUCCACCUUCAUCCUGAUGGUCUCCUAAAAGGUCGUAUCCUCCGAUCGUAGCUGAUCGUAACCAUUCAAGUUAACGUGUCAAUUUACACCGACUUCUUUCCGUUCCUCUGCGGAUCGCCGGACUCCUCAGCUGAUCACAAGAGUUCUAUUUUUUCUGGACGCCGGAGCAUGGCGGAUAAAUUCAGCACAGAUUAACCCGUGCUGGAAAGGAAGUCGGGCACAGACUUCAAAAUAAAACAUCCGGCUUCUUUUCAAAAUAAAACACUCCGUGUUUCAGGAGGAUCGUAUUUCACACCAUGCAAACUGGCGGAGACGAACAAGUGAAAGGUUUUUAGACGUCAUUUCACCCCGAUGACACCAUGGAUGAGGAGAUGCUGAUUCUAGAAGUCUAGAAGUAGAUUUCCUCCUCUGGAAGGACACAAUCUACUGCUUAUAUGUCUAUGUGUCUGUCGUUAUAGAGACAACUCGUUAUCGUGAGAUUGAACGUUAAUCAGUAGGUUCUUGUGAGUUCUCGCUAUUCCUGCGUCUGUAAUUGGCGGACAGUGAAAAUCGCCGCUGUCUGGGGUUGGAGCCGUUCAGGAUGUGGUGAAAAUUGGGGGUAAUAGCGCCACCUACAGGACUGAGGAUUCAUUCUUGAUGUCCAAGCUCUCUCUCUCUCUCUCUCUCCAGCUCUCCUGUCCCAGGUUGUGGUUCUGGCAGCAGUUUUGGUUCUGGUCGUCAUAGCGAUCAUCUUCCUCAUCAUCCUCAUCCUCCUCUGGAGAAAGGUCAGUGCUCCCUUUAACCACCUGUAGUUUGGUUCUAUCACAGCUGAAGUUUUAAAUGUUUCAACGUCACUUUAAGUUAAACUACAGUGUUUCCUGGUUACCAUGACGACGUGUGUCGUUCUCCUCCUGUUUGUCAGAAACCUCGUUAUGAAGUUCGCUGGAAGGUGAUCGAGUCGGUCAGUCCUGACGGGCAGCAGUACACCUACCUGGACCCUACACAGCUGCCCUACAACUCCACCUGGGAGGUACCGCGAGACAACGUAGUACUAGGUACUAAUGUACUACCUUAACUAGUACUCUGACAGUACUGACCAACCAUGUCCGGACCUGUAAAGAGUCAGUUAACCCGUCUGUGUCUCCAGGUCAGGUGUUGGGUUCAGGUGCCUUCGGUCGAGUCGUCGAGGCGACAGUUUCUGGUCUGAUUCACAACAACUCCACCAGUAAAGUGGCAGUGAAGAUGGUCAAACGUACGUACCUGACGAACCGUUCACCUGACGAACCGUUCACCAGACGAACCGUUCACCUGACGAACCGUUCACCUGACGAACCUGACGAACCGUUCACCUGACGAACGUUCACCUGACGAACGUUCACCUGACGAACCGUUCACCUGACGAACCGUUCACCUGACGAACCGUUUACCUGACGAACCUGACGAACCGUUCACCUGACGAACCGUUCACCUGACGAACCGUUCACCUGACGAACCGUUCACCUGACGAACCGUUCACCUGACGAACCGUUCACCUGACGAACCGUUCACCUGACGAACCGUUCACCUGACGAACCGUUCACCUGACGAACCGUUCACCUGACGAACCGUUCACCUGACGAACCGUUCACCUGACGAACCGUUCACCUGACGAACCUGACGAACCGUUUACCUGACUGUGUUGUCCUUCUUCUUACUCAAAUGUAAGAUUCAAUGUAACUCUGUGAGUGUGUGUGUGCGUGCGUGCGUGCGUGCGUGCGUGCGUGCGUGCGUGCGUGCGUGCGUGCGUGCGUGUGUGUGUGUGUGCGUGUGUGUGUGUGUGUGUGUGUGUGCGUGCGUGCGUGUGUGUAUCCAGCCAGCAGUGGUGCAGCUCAGUCUCUGAUGUCCGAGUUGAAGGUCCUGGUCCACCUGGGUCCUCACCUGAACAUCGUGAACCUGCUGGGCGCCUGCACCAGAGGAGGUAAAUCUGACUUUAUUGUAGUCUAAAUUUAAUCCUGAGAUUAGACAGACUUAAAUUUGGAUUAAGACUUGAACCAGAUUUAAUCUGGGCUAAUAAAAUCUAGAUUAUAUAUAUUAUUAUAUAUUGCCUUAAUUUGAAUUUUUAUUGAUUACCUCCUGAUUUAAUCUGAUCCGUCUCAGUUUAGACUUUAACAGAUUUAUUCCACAUGAAUCUCGACUUCCCAACCAGAUCUUUUAUUUUGGUUUGUUCAGAUUAAGUCCAAAGUCCAGAGACUAAAUCCUCAGUCUGUCCGUCUGUCUGUCUAGGACCUGUCUAUCUGAUCACUGAGUUCUGUCGCCAUGGAGACCUGGUGAACUACCUGCAGAGGAACAAACACACCUGUCUACAGGGUGAUUCACACACCAAGAGGUCAACACACACACACACACACACACACACACACACACACACACACACACACACACACACACACGUGAUGCCCUCCUCUCUCUCUCUCUGCCUCAUUGAUCGCCGAUGUCUCUCGCCCCGCAGUGACAGUGAUGGAGGUUAUAUGGACAUGAAUAAAGAGGAGAACGCUCAGUACGUCCCCAUGAAGGAGCUCAGCUACGCCGACAUCGAGCCCGCCGUGUACGAGACGCCGUACACCCCCCAAGGUGAGGCGGCGUGAACAUCAAACAGAUCAAUCAAACAGCAAUAAUCAAUAAAAACAUGAACAGAAAGGGGAAAACCGUCAUCUAUGAUUCAGUGACUGAUUAAUGAAGGUCUGACUCAGGAUCAAUAAACAGCCUGUGGUUCUCUUUUAGACCAGCAGGAGGCGACGCUGCUCCUCUCUGACUCUCUUCACCUCACCCUCGACGACCUCCACAGCUUCUCCUACCAGAUCUCUCAGGCCAUGGACUUCCUGUCCACGAGAAACGUACGAUACACAUCUAUUUAUACCAGAUCUAUGCUGUACAGAGUGAGAUUAACCUACGGGAAACAAUCUAUAUGGUUAUUUAUAGAUCUAUACAUGAUCAAUCUAUAUGGUUAUUUAUAGAUCUAUACAUGAUCAAUCUAUAUGGUUAUUUAUAGAUCUAUACAUGAUCAAUCUAUAUGGUUAUUUUUAGAUCUAUACAGAACCAAUCUAUAUGGUUAUUUAUAGAUCUAUACAUGAUCAAUCUAUAUGACUCUAUAUAGAUCUAUACAUGAUCAAUCUAUAUGGUUAUUUAUAGAUCUAUACAUGAUCAAUCUAUAUGGUUAUUUAUAGAUCUAUACAGAACCAAUCUAUAUGGUUAUUUAUAGAUCUAUACAUGAUCAAUCUAUAUGGUUAUUUAUAGAUCUAUACAUGACAGUGCAUGACUCAUACAUGCCAGUACAUCUAUGCAAAAAAGAUCUAUGAAACAAAACAGAUCUUUAAAUAACUGAUUAAUCCAAACCUGGUCAAUGCUGUGCUGAUCUAUAUGUAUAUAUAUCUAUAUGUGAAUAUAGAUCAGCCCUGCACUUCUAUCUGAACACGCCUGAUCGAUUAAACCUGAUCGAUAUAAAUUGAUCUUCUAAACUUAAACAGACUAAAUUAAACUUAUUAAUUCUAUAUGAAUCUUAUCUAUACAUCCCUGAUCUAGAACCAGCUGAUCUGUGGUUUACUGAGUCAGUGUUGUCUGUUGUGUGUUGUGUGUUGUGCGUUGGCGUGUCCACAGUGCGUGCACCGGGACCUGGCGGCGAGGAACGUCCUGGUGUGCGAGGGGAAGCUGGUGAAGGUUUGUGACUUCGGUUUGGCUCGAGAUCUGAAGAAGGACGGAGACUACAUCGCCCGUGGAAACGUAACGAACAACGACCGCACGCUCAUGAGUAAAAGCGAACAGUACACCUGCUGACCACCUGUCACAUCUGCUGAGUCAUGUGAUCUCUGGUUUUUAGAGCUUCCUGCCCGUGAAGUGGAUGUCACCUGAGAGCAUCUUCCAGAACAUUUACAGCUCUCAGAGCGACGUCUGGUCCUACGGGGUCCUACUGUGGGAGAUCUACUCUCUGGGUACGAACACCAGGACCACCAAGUUACACACCAGUUUAACCACUUUAACCAUUCUGACUAGUUUAACUCACCAGUUUAACCAGUUUAACCACAGUGCUGUAAUCAGAGCUGUUGUGUUCCAGGUGUUAGUCCGUACCCGGAGCUCCCCAUGACUCAGGAGUUUUUCUCGGCCCUCAAGAGAGGAUACAGGAUGAGCCGGCCGGACCGGGCCCCCCAGGACAUGUAUGACACACACACACACACACACACACACACACACACACACACACACACACACACACACGUCUCCACCUAACAACAUCCUUAUCAAACAUCCAACAGCCAAUCAGAAUCCAGCAUUUACCAUGAUGAUCCACCUGUUGUUUACCUGUCAGAGUAGAAAUUUACUGAGAUAGUUAUAGUUGACGUGUGUGUGUGUGUGUGUGUGUGUGUGUGUGUGUGUGUGUGUGUGUGUGUGUGUGUGCAUGCACGUGCGUGUGUGCCUCUCAGCUUUGACCUGAUGAAGUUGUGUUGGGAGGAGAAACCUGAGUGCAGACCGUCUUUCUCCUCAUUGGUCGUCUCCCUUGGCGACAAGAUGACUGACGACUAUAAGAAGGUGAGAGAGACGUUAACGAUGUUUACUGUCGUUUAUUAACGAGACAAACAGCUGACAGUUGAUAAACAACAAACAACUUUUUAUUUUAUUGUUAAUGUUGUUAUUUCAUUGUUAAUGUUUGUGUUUAUUUACGUUGUUGUUUAUUUUAUUGUUUACGUUGUUUGUUUGUUGUUUUUCAGCGGUACCUCCAGCUGACCGACAGCUUCCUGAGCGGUGACAGUCCCGCCGUUCUUCGAUCCAGACUGAGUCCAUCCAGCUCUGCUCCGACAGACACACAAGGUCAGACACACACACACACACACACACACAUUCACGCUUACGUGACAAACAGGGGACUAUCAGCCCAGACUGACCCAGAGGGGACCUCUAUUCCUGGUCAUUCUAAUAAAAUAAAAUUAUAAUAUAAAUUUUUCUUUUAAGGUCUUUUAUCUUAAUGUUGCUUAAAAUGUGACUUUUAUCUUAUUUUUAAAUUGCUAAGAGGCGACCUGGAUCCAUGAGUGAUCUACCUGUCUAACAGGUGACCUCCAUAUAAGGCAGUGAGCCGUCUGAACCCACUCACACUGAUGAUGCUGACGAUGAUGAAAGUUUGUUUAACACAAAGACUUUAUUUGUUUCUUUAUUAACAGCUGAUUUAACCUUCAUGUGACCUUCAUUUAAAUAUUUCUCUCUGAGAAAAUAUUGAGAAAAUAUUUGGGCCCCACUCUUUCUGUGGAUUAUAUUUUCUUUUAUAACUGCUUUAAUAAUAAUAAUUAUUAUUUGGUGUCAGGAGAAAAACAUUUCCCAUCUUUGGCAGAUAUUUUUAGUUUAGUUAAAUGUUUAUGUAGAGGGGACAGUGUACAUUCAGGGACAUGAUCCUGUUGUCAAAAAACAGCCCACCUGAUCCGACGGCCUAACUUCACCUUAUUUGCAGGAAGCCCCGCCCCCCAGGAAGAUGCACACCUGUUGGAGGUGAAGCCAGAGGAGGCAGGCCCCUCCCACGGAACCUACAUCAUACCUGUCACUGACAUCACCAUAGAAACCAGCAGGGGCGCUGUGCUGGACGCAGUCAGGUGAGAACGCCGCCGUCUUUGUGAGGACACGUUUGUUUCUGUUUAAAGAUGUUUUUAUUUAUUAAAAACAUCCUCAUCUGUGAUUUAUCGAAGGAACAGAUUUUCUCCGAUUAUGAAGAUGAUCGUGUUUUAUUUUUUAGCCCUCAGAUGUCGGAGUCAGAGGAUGCAGCAGGGACGCAGGAAGUGACAUCAUCAGAGGACAAAGAGAACGCUGAGGAGCAUCCUGCUGCUGCCUCCUCCAGAAGCAACGAAGAAGAAGAAGAGAGUUGUCUGUGA